AUGGAUAAUCGUGACUAUGGCAGCACAGUCGGGAAUUCUACCAAAAUCCAACAAGGCAAUGAGGAUUCGUCUAUGAUUAAAAGAAAUCAGAUCGUGCCAAGCUCAACAAAACCACACCUUACCGAGGAAUCCAUGUUUUGCGGCGGAAUAAUAAAACCUGUGGUGUCUGUCGUCGCAGUAUUGGUUAUCACAUUAACGGGCGUUGGCCUUUGUCUAUACUUCACCGGUAUCUUUAGAGGAAAUAUAAGACAAGACACUUCAAAAAACAACUAUACAACCACAACAGUUGGUGUUCCGAUCAUACCAGACGUCUCGACGACAGUUGAACAAAACAACAAGAUGACAACAGAAGAUACCUUGGCAACAGUUGAACAAAACGCCAGGAUGACAACAGCAGAUGCCUUGGCAACAGUUGAACUAAACGCCAGGAUGACAACAGCAGAUACCUUUGCAACAGUUGAACAAAUUGACAAGAUGACAACAACAGAGCCCUUGACAACAUUUGAACAAAACGUCAGGAUGACAACAGCAGAUGCCUUUGCAACAUUUGAACAAGACGCCAGGAUGACAACAACGGAUACCUUGGCAACAGUUGAACAAAAUGCCAGGAUGACAACAGCAGAUACCUUAGCAACAGUUGAACAAAACGCCAGGGUGACAACAGCAGAUGCCCUUGCAACAGUGGAACAAAACAACAAGAUGACAACAACAGAGCCCUUGACAACAGUUGAACAAAACGCCAGGAUGACAACAGUAGAUACAUUGACAACAGUUGAACAAAACGCCAGGAUGACAACAACAGAUACAUUGACAACAGUUGAACAAAACGCCAGGAUGACAACAGCAGAUGCCUUGGCAACAGUUGAACAAAACGCCAGGAUGACAACAACAGAUACAUUGACAACAGUUGAACAAAACGCCAGGAUGACAACAACAGAUGCCGUGGAAACAGUUACACAAAACGCCAGGAUGACAACAGCUGAUACCUUGGCAACAGUUGAACAUAACGCCAGGAUGACAACAGCAGAUACCUUGGAAACAGUUGAACAAAAUGAAAAGAUGACAACAAAAGAGCCCUUGAUCAAUGAAGAUGAUACUUUCAUAGUAACUUAUGGCGAAUGGACAAAAUGGAGUCUUUGGUCAAGUUGCAGUGUCACGUGUGAUAGAGGAAGUCAGACCAGAACGAGGCUUUGUCGAAAGAAAUCACCAGAGGAUAUUGAUUGUGAUGGAGAGGACGCAAUUACAAGAAUCUGCGACAAUGGAAUGUGUCCUGAUUGUAAUAAAACGUGUCCAUCGAAUAAACUUUUGAAUGGAAACUGCACAGCUUGCAUAUGUCCUUCUAAUAUUAGACACAUCCAAGUUUUCAAUACAAAAAUGGUCCCAAUAGAUGGCGUGACUGUUGCGAAUCUGGAGACUCAGUACGAAAUAUUGGGAACAACCGCCGAUUCAAAUGGGAAUACAAUUGAUUAUCUUUGUGAAUCAGAUUUGUUGAUAUUCAAGAAGUUGAAGUAUGUGGAUGUCACAUUAUCUGUUGGUGGGGUCUCUUCCGAUCCGAUUGUGGUUACCAUGGAAACAACAGAAACAAUUGAGAUCGUGAGCCAUCCUCAAGAUGCAGUAGCCUUGACUGGUGAUUCCGUCAACUUCACCUGCAGAGGUAUAGGGAAACCUGCGCCCGACGUUUAUCAAUGGUUUAAGAACGGGAAACUUCUAACAAUCAACCCAUCAUCAAAUGAUAUCCGAUUGACGUUAACUGGUGUGAAUGAUAGUGACAAGGGACUGUAUUACUGUAAAGCUAGCUCAGACUAUAGCUCUGCAAUAUCCAAUAUCGCUUCCCUUGAUGUUAAAGAUGAUGGAGAGCGUUUCUGUGAUACCUCACCCCUAUCACACCUCAAAACAUUGCCAAAAGACUGUCCACAGACUAGUGAAAAUCCCCUGCUGUAUGAAGUUGGUCGUUGCCGUAGAAACGAGUGUAUUCAGCGGCCAAAGUCAAAUACUGAAUCCGAAUAUUGCUGUGGUCCCAUACGCCAGACAACCAGAAGUAUUGCAUGCGUGGACUAUUCAAUCGACAUUGUUGUGACUUUGGAGUGUGGUUGCAUCAUUUGUAAUCAGGCUAAUAUUACAGGCAAUAUGAUAACUAGCGUUCGUAAGAUCACUUUUAGCGGAUUUGCUCAUGAUAUAGUUGAUAAAAAUUUCCCUCUUAGAUUUGGAAAGGUAUUCUUAUUUGAUGAAGAGGUUGCAACAGCAAGUUUUAAUGAAAUUCCAUCAUCAGAAACGACAACUCUCUCCUUGGCUAACUCAACGUCUGGGAGUUCAUUUGCUGACGUCAUUAUUCCCGGUGAGUCAUUUUACAAAGCUAAUGGUGAGAAAUACAACGGUCCUGUUCAAACAGCUAUAAACUUCUUAGACCCUCGGAAUAAUGAAGACCUCAGUGCCAUGGUAGGGGAUCUAACAUUCACUAAUGACGAUGGGGAUAUUGGGUCAUUGCAAACAUUCGGAAUGUUCCACCUAGCAUUUAGUGAUACGGCCGGAAAUGAUCUUAACAUCAAAGGAGAAGUAGGCAUGGCAAUAAGCGCUGAUGUCAUAGGUGCAGGACUGCAGAACGCAACGAAUGUAAAGCUUUGGUCUUUUAACCCCUCCUCUGCGAGAUGGGAAUAUGAAGGGAAUUUGAGACGAGUGUCAAAUAGAAAAAAGCGAUCACAGGCUCAGGACACCACAGACUUUUUUGUUGGUGACGCAGUCAUAACAGAUCGUUACUGGUUCAACUUUGAUAACAAUCAGUUAAAUUACUGUUUCAUUAAAGUGAAAACAUAUAGUGACUCGAGCUCAGCAUCACCAUUACCCUGGGACAGCUCUCUAGAACCUACUGUAAUUUCAUUGGAUCAAACAUCAAGGCAGGCUGGCAGCGCAGGACGCAUUGUCACAGGCAGUAUGAGUAAAGAUUAUUUCACAGGUGUAGAAUCUAAUAAAGACUGCAUACUAACAGUCUGUGGUGAUAAUGAUUUCCAUGGAUACCUGUUCAUGGACACUCCAGAAGGUUCAUUGAGCGCUUCACCAAAUCUUGGUGGCUCUAGCUCAGCUGUCCCCAGUGUGAAUAUAACACUUGAUCAACUGAAAUCAACCAGUCGAGGGAAAGUAAUUGAGACAAACCUUGGGAACCCUUUCGGUAUCCGUGAAGACACAACCAUAGAUCAAACAACAUGUAUUGAAUUCAAAGGAAGUGGAGAUAUAGUUACACAAUCUGGUAUAGCGUCAGACCAGACUAUAGUUGAAGUUCUUGUAGAAGGCACAGACUGUACAGUAGAGUCUGUUGCUUCUAGUCUGCAACAAUACCAGAUAAACACAACGUAUAAUAAUGCAUCAAUAGUUUCAUUUAAACCACCUUCUGCCUCUCUCAUAAGCGGGAUAGAUUUUGGGAUAUACGUAGAUGAUAAUAACGAUGUCCAAACUGCCAAAACUACCGCCAAAGCAAGGUGUCUAUGUGCUGAUUUUCAGCAAGGCCAAACGUGUAAUACACCCGAACCAACAGUCGGAGUUGCAGUAACUAUAACAUGUAAGACUGGUGAUGAUUAUGGUUAA